GUUGGGGUGCCCAGGCGACCUGGGUCAGUUAGAGCGGCCGACUGGGUGUGCCAAGCACUAAACACGAUGCUCGUUUCACGUUUGAACCGGAUGGGCACCUGUGCCACUAAGGCAGAAAGCUGCCCCUGCGGACGAAAAGAAACACUUGCGGUUUAGUAUGGUAUAUGCCCAGUUCCAGGCCCAUGCAGUGGAAAGGAUUAGGAGAGAAGCCGACGACUGACCUAAUCCUUGCGGGACUAAGCCCUACACUGAAAGUCGGUCUUUGAUUUCUCCAGCCCUGGCCAGGUGUUGGUUUACUUCCAGGUGUAGGGUCCUGGUUGAGAAACGAUGGCGGAGGUUCUGGAUCUCCAUGGACAGGACUCUGAUGCGGGUAGUGAGGAGGUGGUCCUAACUCCUGCAGAGCUCAUUGAAAGACUGGAGCAGGCCUGGAUGAAUGAAAAGUUUGCUCCUGACCUCCUGGAAAGCAAGGCUGAGAUUGUUGAGUGUGUCAUGGAACAGCUAGAGCACAUGGAAGAAAACCUUAGAAGAGCCAAGAAGGGGGACCUGAAGGUCAGUAUCCAUCGAAUGGAGAUGGAGAGGAUCCGCUAUGUCCUUAGCAGCUAUUUGCGGUGUCGGCUCAUGAAGAUAGAGAAGUUUUUCCCUCACAUCCUAGAAAAGGAGAAAAUGCGUCCUGAGGGGGAGCCUUCCAGCCUGUCUCCAGAGGAGUUUGUCUUUGCCAAAGAGUAUAUGGAUCACACAGAGACCCAUUUUAAAAACGUUGCCUUAAAGCACAUGCCUCCCAACCUGCAGAAGGUGGACCUCUUGAGGGCAGUUCCCAAACCAGACCUGGAUUCAUAUGUGUUUCUGAGAGUGAAAGAACGACAGGAAAACAUACUAGUAGAACCGGAAGCCGAUGAGCAGAGAGACUACGUUAUUGACCUGGAGGAGGGCUCACAGCACUUGAUCCGAUACAAAACCAUUGCACCUCUUGUUGCAUCUGGAGCAGUUCAGCUAAUAUAAAGCAAAGCCAGCCUGAGGACAUGGAAUCCUCAUAGAUAAUAUUAGAGACUCCAUCUCCUUUUGUGUCUAGUAGUGAAGUCAUGUUCCAUACAAUUCGUCAGCAAUGUGUGAAUCACUUGGACAUGGAAAGGAGUCACUGCAGGAUUCCGUUUGUUGCCAUACCGUUCUUCUAAACUCCUGUUUAACAAGCAGCAUCAACACAUGGGGCCAUGCUCUGGAGACUCGGCAAAUAAAUCACUGUCAAGUGUGUGCCUUUUAUUUUUCUACCAUUUAUUGAGCUCAGGAAAAGUCAUGAAGAGGCUUCUGUACCCUGCCCAUGAUGGAGCGAUGGCUUGGGCAUAACUUGAUGAUAACAGGAGGAUUCCUUUAGCUUUCCUGGUAGAAGAUCAUAAGCAGUUGUGGUCUGCUUCUAUACAACAUUAAUAUGUGACCUAAUGAUUUGGAACCUCAAAUACUGAGCUUAAAAAUUAAAAACAAAUGCCUUUCAUGCAUAACCGAAGAAAGUCACAAAGAACAAAGCCACUGUUAAAUGUCACGCUUAUGGUAGAAGGAGUCUUUGGACAGUUCUUAGCUUGAUGUCUAAUGAAGUAGAUUCACCCUGUAUCUUAGCCAGCUGCCCAGCAAGCCUCCAGGCCAUCUGGCAUCCCCUGACCCAGCCUCUGAACAAGAGCAUCAUGUUGAACUGGCCUGAAUUGGGAUUUGAGCACUCUCCAGGAAUAUGGAUAAAAUAAUCUAGUGAACAGCUUCACAAGAGCACCUGAAGAAGAUAGACAGCUCGAGUCAGCACCGUGGGGCUGAAGAAAACAGCCUGUGCUUUAGUCUCUUCUCCCCCUUGAGACAGGGUAGUUCUAGCUAUCCUGGAACUUACUAUGUAGACGAGGCUGUGUUUGAACUCAAAGAUCCACCUGCCUCUGCCUCCUAUAGCUUAAAGGGGUGAGCUACCAUGCCCAACCAGUCUUUUUGUGAUGAUGUAGACUUUCACUUAACAUGAUCAGAGAGUAAACCAGGAAAUUUCUAUCUGCUAAGAGAACCCAGCAGAUGAAAG